AUAUGGAAUUUAAAACCCAUUUUCGGAUGAAACGGGCAACAUUUAUAUUUGUGUUGGAAUUAUUAACUCCUCAUCUUCAGAAACACUCAGAAAAAUUCGGGCGUCAUCCAAUAACACCUGAGAAGCAAUUAUUAAUAGCUAUUUGGAUGAUGGCCACACCCAAUUCAUACAGAUGUGUAAGUGAUCGAUUUGGUAUUGGAAGAGCAACAGCUUGGAGAAGUGUUAUGAAAGUAGUCAAUGCUUUAUACUACCAUUUGCAUACAUUUAUAAAAUGGCCAUCCCUGGAAGAAGUCACAGCUACAUGGACAACAAUAAAAAUAGAUAUGGGUUCCCAAAAGUAUUAGGUGCAA